GCUGUUGAUGGUCUGCCAAGCUCACACCGGCGAUGGGAUCUGGGUGAAUUGUGAUAAUUUCUAAUUUGUGUAUUUGUGAAUUGUGAUAGGGAUAUUGGAAUUUUCUGGAUUUCUGCUGGUCUCUUGUCUCUUCUCUGAGCAAUGAGCAUUUGUAACAAUAACCACAGCAAGCACAAACAACUUCAUUACUGAUACUGGAUGCUGGACUAGUAAAAUAUAUAGAGAAUCCAAUCAAAAUUAAUAAAUCAUGGGUUCACUUAAUUUGCUCCAAACACUCAAAAAAGACAAUGGACGUGUAUGGAACCUGAGUUGGCAUCCUAAUGGUGAAGUUCUAGCUUCUUGUGGGGAAGAGAAAUCUAUAAGAAUAUGGGCAAAGGAUCUAACAGGAAAGUGGCUGAACAAAAUAGUCCUGACAGAUGGACACAAACGCACUGUGAGACAAGUAGUAUGGUCAGCAUGUGGAAACUAUCUUGCUUCAGCUAGUUUUGAUGCAACAACUUGCAUUUGGGAUAAGAAAGGUGGAGAUUUUGAAUGUAAUGCUACUCUAGAAGGUCAUGAAAAUGAAGUAAAGAGUUUGGCUUGGUCAAAGUCUGGUCAGUUAUUAGCCACAUGUAGCAGGGAUAAAUCAGUAUGGAUUUGGGAAGUAACUGAUGAGGAAGAGUAUGAUUGUGCUGCUGUACUCAAUGCUCAUUCACAAGAUGUUAAAAAAGUUGUUUUUCAUCCAACUAAAGACUUACUAGCUUCUGCAUCAUAUGACAACACCAUCAAAUUAUUCAGGGAUGACCCAAGUGAGGGUGACUGGAUAUGUUGUGGAACUUUAACAGGCCAUAAUUCCACAGUAUGGAGUAUUAGUUUUGAUAAAACUGGUAGUCGUCUAGCCUCAUGUGGUGAUGACCAAACAAUAAAAAUCUGGAAAGAAUAUCCCCCUGGGAAUCAAGAGGGAAUUCCUACUGAAGAUGGAGACUCUGCUUGGAAAUGUGUCUGUACUUUAACAGGACACCAUGCUAGAACCAUCUAUGACAUUAGUUGGUGCCAUAUGACUGGAUUAAUUGCAACAGCUUGUGGAGAUGAUGCAGUGAGGAUUUUUAAAGAAGAUGAUGAUGGUGAUCCAAACUCCCCUGGUUUUAGUUUAAUUUGCACUGUAGAUAGGGCUCACACACAAGAUGUCAACUGUGUUACAUGGAACCCAGUAAUUCCUGGACUUCUAGCCUCUUGCAGUGAUGAUGGAGAGAUAAAGCUUUGGAGCUUCAAGGAGUUAGGACAAUAGUACUGAUGAAUUGUGCUGGGUGAACAAUGUCAAUGAGAGUGGAUUUCAAAAUAGGAAGAUGUUCCUUAUUUAGUCAUUUUUAUAUACUUAUACCUACUUCUAAUGGUUAGAUGAAUUGUUUCAGAUAUCUAUAAAACUAUUAUCAUCCAGACAGAAUAGUAGGUACAUUU